AUGAAUGAUUUGUCCCUCGGCAGGCUACGAAUAGCAAAUCCUGAUGAGUCGUCGCCCGAAACACCACUCCAGCCACAGACCUCUGCGCAUUCGAUCCCUCCUCUAUCUGCAGUGUCACCACUACCUAGCAUUGAUAGCCCCGAGCACGACUAUAUCGGGAUCCCUCCACGCAACAACGACCGUUCUGUGUCACCCGCCAGCGACCAGCAAAGACCGCAGAACAACUAUAAUGCUCCCCUCCACAAUGAGACCACCCUUCAGUCGCAGUACAACUCGAGCCCACCUCUAAAAUCCGAUGAGCUCCCGCAGCGCCAGAAGAACCUUCCUCUGACCUAUCAAGACCAACAGCAAGCACAGUUUCCUCAAUAUCCGACUAUGAUGCCUCAGAACCUGCACGAUCCUAGGCAGGGCAGUAGUCGGCCUGGUUCGAUGUACUAUACCUCGUUACCAGUGAGUAAUAACGGCAACGGGUUAAGUAGACAGACCUCGUACAGAGCACCAGGAGCUUCGGGAACGAACACUCCUCAACGCAGCGUCUCUCGCAGGAACCCCCAACCGCAAUAUGCUGAACGAGACUUUCGGCCAUCACCUCAAGCAGGAUCUCUACCACAAAGAACAACGUCCCGCCAUAUGCAAUCUUCAAGAUACGGAUCAACUCCUACCCAUCCAACACCUCUGUCCAGCACUCCUGCUUCCCAGACGGCUCUGUCCGUGUCUCCCUACGGUAUGGAAGGUGGCCCACUAUCUAGUGCCGAAGAUUGGCAAGAGAAAGGGGCUGCCGUAGGUGUACGCAGAGAUUACGAUGUGAAUGGACAACCGGUACUGAGACCGAUAAAGAAAGGUGUCAAGGAUUUUAACUUCGGAGCCACUCUCGGAGAAGGUUCGUACAGUACGGUCAUGGCGGCACAAGACAGGGAGACGCAGAAAGAGUAUGCCAUCAAGGUGCUGGACAAGAGACACAUCAUCAAAGAGAAAAAGGUCAAAUACGUUAAUAUCGAAAAGGAAACCUUGAACAGACUCACAGAUCAUCCUGGCGUCGUCCGACUUUACUACACAUUCCAGGAUGAAAGGUCGCUAUAUUUCGUGCUGGAUCUAUGUAGUGGUGGUGAGCUACUGAGUGUGCUCAAACGCAUGACCACCUUUGACGAGGAGUGCACCAGAUUUUACGGCGCCCAGAUCCUGGACACAAUCUCAUAUAUGCACCAGAAGGGAGUAAUACACCGUGACCUGAAACCAGAAAAUGUUCUGAUGGACGAAAAUCAACACAUUAAGAUCACAGAUUUUGGUACCGCGAAGAUGCUCGAAGCUCAUCAGGACUCGUCAGGGAGAAUCUAUUAUGACUCUGACACUGGACACAUUCGUGAUCGUGCGAGUUCCUUUGUCGGCACAGCAGAGUAUGUUAGCCCAGAACUGCUAACUGAUAAGAACGCCUGUAAAGCAAGUGAUUUGUGGGCGUUUGGAUGCAUAAUAUACCAGCUACUUGCUGGUAGGCCACCAUUCAAGGCUGCUAAUGAGUACCUGACCUUCCAGAAAAUCGUCGCAUUGGAGUACGAAUUUCCCCAUGGCUUUCCAGAUGUUGCUCGUGACCUGGUCGAGCGACUGCUAGUACUGGAUCCAUUACAAAGAUUGUCUCUGGAGAACAUAAAGAACCACGAAUUCUUCCGGGGCAUUAGAUGGGGUCGCGGGUUGUGGCAAGAACGUGCGCCAAAGCUCAAACCAUAUGCUCCUCCUCCGCGGCCACCGAUCAAGCUCAAUGGGAGUGAAACAGGAGACUCGUACACUGCUGGCGGUCCUGGUCACAGCACACAAUCCACAAUGAUGCCACCCACGAAUGGUGCCAAGCCUUCGAAACCCAGAGUCAUCACUGAACUUCCACCUCCAAGUCAAUUAGAUAUUGAAUGGUCGCCAGUCUUGACAAAGAGCAAUGAGAGGAUUCUGAAACUUGGAAAUUUGAACGUGAACAUGACCCAAGGUCCUAACAGUCCGGGUCACGACGGCGGCAACAAGCUGUCGAGGUUCUUUGGAGGGAAUACAACCAAGAAACGGCAACGACUCGUGAUGGUUACUUCUGGCGCACGAAUAAUUAUAGCGGCUGCUGGUGGCGAUGAGAAAAAGUCCAAAUCGGAGAUUGACCUUCUUGCAGCAGGAACAGAUGUCCGCGACAAGCGAUAUACCUUUGAAGAUGUCAAACCAUCACCAUCCGACACAAACACCACCGCAGUCUCGACCAGAGAGUGGCUCGACGCUGUCGACCGCGCGAGAGACUUCGCCAACGCACAGUCUCUGCUGCGGAACAUCCCAGCAGACGAGAGUCUUACUCCUGGCGUUCUUAGCCAUGCUAGCACUUUUGAAGAGCAAGACGAGUUUGAAACGUCACCACCGAGUCAGAGCCAUAGAGGAGUUCUAUCAAAACAACCGAUCAACACUGGUGAUAAUGAGUCGCUGAAAGGUAGAAAGAGGUUCAGUAAGCGACAGAGUAAGAGUGGACUAACGGCCGUGUUUUAA